CUAUAGCAAAGUAAACUGGCUUGUUUAAACUAUGCAAAAAAACCACGAAGCAGAUUUUACACCGAAUACUCAUUUAACCAUUAAGCUCUGAUUAUCUGGUGCAUGAUAAUAUCGAAAUAAAAUCGAUAAUUGGUGUCAUUAUAGUGUCAACACACCGGAUGCAUUGAUCUGUCAAACGAAGUGCAUAACAUUCUGUAUUUUUCGAGGUUUCCUUCAUUAUUCAUGACAAAGAUAAUGUGCACAUCAAUAACAAAUCAUCAGCAGGUUGAUAAAUUGGAGGGCGAAACGAUGAUGGAGACGUCUAAAAAGUUGUUAUGCAGUUUGAUACGUUGUAUUAUAGUGCAAUUGCACUACGUAUUUGACUGUAUUAUUGAUUUCGUCUUUGGACUUUAUUAUAAUGGAAAGGAGGAAAAAGUGCCACCAAUUAAAAAUACUAUACUACUGGAAAGUGCAAUUAUGCUGGCUGAGAAAAUUAGGAAUAAGAAACUAUCCUGUCAGACAGUGGUGAACACGUUCAUAGAAAGAUGUAAGGAAGUAAAUGGUACGAUAAAUGUAAUUGUCGAUGAGAGGUACGACGAAGCGAUGAAAGAGGCCAGACGAGUCGAUGAGUUACUCGCGUGUGAUAUUGAUAUUGACAUCCUCAAAAUAACAAAACCAUUCUUGGGAGUGCCAUUUACGACUAAAGAGAGCAAUGAGGCAAAAGGACUUCUUCAUUCGAUGGGAAUGGUGGCGAGGAAAGGCCACAGAUCCACACAAGACGCAACAGUAAUUGCCAACGUGAAAGAAUCCGGUGCCAUUCUAAUCGCCAAAACGAAUAUCCCCGAGAUGAAUCUCUGGGUCGAGUCUCGAAAUCUCAUUUAUGGCCAGACAAACAAUCCCUACAAUUCGACAAGAGCGGUUGGAGGAAGCAGUGGUGGAGAUGCUGCAGUGACAGCAGCUUGUGGAGUGCCAUUUUCUGUUGGGAGUGACAUCGGUGGAUCCAUCAGAAUGCCAGCAUUUUUCAAUGGAGUAUUUGGGUUGAAACCGAGUGAACGAGCAACUCCUCUUCGAGGAAUUGGUCUCAGAACCGAGGACUCAGCUGAUUCAAUGGCGGAAGCUGGACCAAUCUGCAAGUGUGCAGAAGAUCUGUUACCUUUACUCAAGAUCAUGAUAACUGAUAAGGACCUGAAGGAGAAACUCGACACUCCAGUGAAUAUAAAAAAGGUCAGGGUUUUCUAUCAGGAGGGAUCUGGGGACCUUCGGGCCAGUAGAAUCAAUCCUGAGAUGCGAGCUGCACUGACCAAAGUCGUUCAGCACCUGGAGAAGGCUGCGGAUUCAGUCCAGAGGAUCAAGUUACCAGGAUCUGAGUACAGCUUCAGACUGUGGAGGUACUGGAUGACCCAGGAGGGGGCUGAUUUUAAAUCAGACAUCACGAAUCGUCAAUCGAGAACCAGUGCCUCCGCUGAAUUAAUUAAAUUAAUCAUGAACAAAUCAGAGAUUACGUUUGCAGCAAUUCUCAAACUCAUCGAUGAAGACUUUUUCCCGAAGGAGGACAGCGAAUGGGCUGAGGAGGUCACAGCUGAGAUGAAGGACUACUUAAUGAAAAAACUGGGAGACAAUGGAGUUCUCGUGUAUCCAUCAUCGCCGUUCCCAGCGAGUUACCACCACUCGUAUUUCUUCAGGCCAUAUAAUUUUGGAUAUUGGUGUCUUUUUAAUGUUCUGCGAUUACCAACGUGCCAAGUACCCAUGGGAUUGGAUAGCGAAGGCAUGCCUGUCGGUGUACAGAUUGUUGCAGCUCCUCAGCACGAUCACCUGUGCAUCGCCAUAGCUAGAGAGCUGGAGAAGACAUUUGGUGGAUGGGUACCUCCGUCCAUGGUAAUGCCCCAAAAUUAAAACCCAAAAGAAUUUUUCGCACUCCUCAACCAAAAUAAAAUGAUUCACAAAGAAGAGGAAACAUUCCAAUUAUACUUUGGCUGAAAAAAAAAUCAACAAUCUCCAUCAAAUAAAAUGAACUCCCGAUUGAAUGAAAUAGUUCCAAUAGAAGUGUGAGUGUGUUUUUUUAAAAUAUCUGUAUAUUCGUUACGUUCGAUGAUCACAAAAGCGCAAGGCCCCCUGAAUUGAACUCAAUUCCCAAUACACUAUCAAUUGUCAUUACGAAUCUUCAAUCUUAAUCAAUAGGUUCUCAAGUAAUUACUAAUUUGUUGGUGUCAGAUAGGUCUACGGGUGCAAUUAAAUUAUCCCAUCGAAAAUAAACAUUCGAUCAAACCAGAAACUUGCACAAUUCAAUAAUUUCCACGAUUUCACCAAAAUCCAGGCACAAAUUUGAUAUUCUUUACGAGUAAUAUCCGCAGCAAGAAUAGAAAACUAUCAUUUGUUCUGUAAACAGACAAUCGGAUCAAUAAUCAAAUGCAAUUUCCAGAAAAUUUUUCAUUAUUCCAAUAAUUAAGUGGUUUUAGGUGACAAUAUAUUAUCAAAAUCAUCAGUGAUUUUCCCUGUCCAAUUUUUGUAAAUGGGUAUAGUUAUUGUUAAUAAUAAAUUGAAAGUUAGUGAA